AUGUCUGUCCCAGUCAGCAGCGGGUUUGUCCUCGAGGACGACCCCGCCACGCCGCGCACCGACGCGACUGUAUCGUUCCGCGACAUUCUCCCCGCUGCUGAUCACCCUCGCAUUGCGGGCAUCCACGGACACACGGCCCAGUCAUGGUGCCAGUCGCGCCGAGAGGUCCCUGCGCCCGCCUGGCUCAUCAAUCGGCUCGACAUCAAGAACAUCGAGAGACCGUACAGGGGCUUCUCGUCCGAUGGACAUCCAGAACCUUCUUUCUACAGCUACCGCGAGCGUGAUCAAGGUGCUCCUGUGGCAGCGGCAGUCGCAGCCGCCGAGGAGCUGCUCGCGAAGCUGUCCGAGGAAGAGCGGGAGCAGGUCAUCAAGGGCGACGUGGAGUCGGACGACGAGUUCCGUGCCUGGUCGAAUCCGGAGCUGUAUGUGAAUGAAGGUGGCAUUCGCCUCGAUGAGACGCGGGAGGAAGUGCAGGACCUCAUCCUUGGCGUACUUCAAGCUUCGCUCUCCCCUGCAGGGUACACGAAGGCCAUCGGAUGCACGCUUACGAACCACUUCUUGGGCGAGCUCGUCAACGGGCCCGCCGUGCUCAACAAGCACUCGUACAACUUCCGCCUCUUCGUCCCACAAAAGACACGCAGGCCGUCCUUGGAGCAGCCGUGGGGCUGGACCUUCUUCGGCCACCAUCUGUGCCUCGCUGUCGUCUUUGUCGGAAAGCGCAUGGUUGUGGGGCCGACCUUCCUGGGUGCCGAGCCUGACCGCAUCGACGUCGGGCCGCAUGCCGGUCUUCGCCUCUUUAGUCAGGAAGAAGUCCGGGGCCUGAACCUCAUGAGGGCGCUGAGCCCUGCUAACCAGGCUCAAGCCCAGCUCUGCAAGGGCAUGGACCCGACGCAUGGCUUGCCAGCCGAUCUCUGGAAUCCCUUUGAUGAGAGGCACCUCGGUGGAGCACAUCAGGACAACCGCGUGGUGCCCUUUGCUGGUUGCCCGAUCACUCUCUUCUCGCCCGAACAACGCGAAGAGGUGUAUGCCAUCCUCCAAGCAUUUCACAUCUACCUCCCACCGGGCCCGCUCAAAUACAGGAUGGAGCAGUUGCGGGCCUAUGAAAGCAAGACGUACUUUGCGUGGAUCGGCGAUUUUGGACUGGGUGAUCCUUACUACUUUCGCAUACACUCGCCUGUCGCCUUCUGCGAGUUUGAUUUUCAUUGCGGCAUCUUCCUCACGAAUACAACGCCAGCAAAGUGUCACAUUCAUACGAUCAAUCGGCUGCCCAACUGCGGGGACUACGGCAAGGCUCUAAUCAGGCAGUGGAGAUCUGAGCAGUCCAGUUGAACGUCUACUCCUGAAGAAUGCCUUUGCCCUUCAGCCACUCUAGUGCUCGUUCGAUGUCCUCGUCGUGGUCGUGCU